UUGGUACGCCACGCGUCGCAAAGAAAGUUGUGAUUCGGCCGCUGGAAUUUAAUUUUUGUAAUACACUAAGCAGAAGCGCGCGAGGUCUUUAGGCUUGGGAUUUAUUUAAUUGUUCGCGCGUGACGUAGCGGGAAGCAACUCGACAAUGUCUGAGGAUAAGAAAAAAUCUGGAGAACCUGCAGAUGCGGAAUUAAACGACUUAUUGGAUAGCGCUCUCGAGGAUUUCAAUCAGGUUCAAAGCGAAAAACCAAAAACCGAUGCAACAGCAGUUGCAUCGUCGGCACAAUUGGAGCAGCCGGAUGCCGCAGCUGGAGCUGAAGAUCAGUGGACGCAAGAUUUUAUCAAACAAGCUGCAGACCAGUUCGAAAAAAACCUACAGAACCUGAUACAAAAUGGUGAUGAUAACGAUCUGGGAGCCUCUUUCCAAAAAAUGGCACAAACUGUAGCCAGUGCUAUCACAGGGGAAGGCGAUCUUGGGAGCGAAAGUUCUCGCAGUGACUUUCAGUCAGCCAUUUCACAAGCGCUUAAAGAUUUGUCCAGUACGAGUCAGGAUCUGCAGAACCCGGUGCCAGGAUUGGGAGAAGCAGAUCUGGCUGCUAUGUUCGGGAGGACAUCUCUGGAGGAAGAGUCUGGCGAAUUCCCAUCUUUCAUGCAAGGGAUGAUGCAGUCUUUAUUGUCCAAGGAGGUUUUAUAUCCCACAAUGAAAGAGUUAGUUGAUAAAUAUCCAGUGUGGCUUGAAGAAAAAAAACCCACUCUACCAGCAGCUGAUUUCGAAAGAUACACGGAACAAUUAAAUCUCAUGCAAAAGGUAUGUGCAGAGCUGGAAAAUGAGAAAGAAGACGACUCUGAUGAAGUGAAAAAGGCUCGCUUUGAAAAGACAUUGGCAUUGAUGAACCAAAUGCAGAACUGCGGGCAACCACCAGAAGAGUUGGUCGGUGCUCCUGCACUUUUCAAGUGCGAUGCUGAAGGAAAUCCAGUUUUUCCACCCGGAGUUGACCCACCUGAAAACUGCUGCGUCAUGUAAAAGUAUAAAAUUGUUACGUAGCCUUAGAAAUGUCGCAAUAUGUUUGACAAAGAAAAAAAGAUUGUCAAACUUCGUCAGUAUCGAUUUUCAUAAUAUUGUUUUAAUGAAAUGGCCAUUUUAAAAACUUUUAUUCUCCAAUAGUAAGAUUUAUUUGUUUUUUAUAAACAAAGACCUAGAUUGAAAUGACAAAAAUAUUUCACUUCUGUAGUUGCCUUUACCAUAUUUUUUGAUUUGCUGAGCUUCCAUUUUUAUUUCGCAACACUAGUGCCGACAGAUAUCUAUAGCAUAUCUACAGUCAUUUGCAUUUUCAAUGAUAGAUUACAUAAAAUUCUCUUUUCAUGAUUGAAAUUAAUAUGAUGUGGGGUAGUUGUUCGGUUAAUUCCAUGACUUUAUUUCAUUUGUGUGCACAUCGGUUUGAGUAUGGAGUACGUGAUCGUUUUUCAUGUAGCAACUGCCUCGCACAAUUUUCUAUGCGCCGUGCAUAGGGUUUGUUUUCUUAUUUUACGUGUAUCUUACCUAAAAUGCGGUGUAGGUACGUGUAUACAUGUAUAUACUUCGCAAUGUUAUGUACGAACUACAAACAUAACGUUAGGGAUGCGAAAAUUCGACUUUGACAAGAUCUAACACUUCUGGUCCAGUCACAUCCCUACUGACAAUACAUGCAUUAUGCAUAUAGAUGUAAUAUAUAAGGAAUAGGUCACCAUACUAUAAUUUAAAAAUAAAACCUAAACACGAUCUGUGAUCUUCACUAGCCACCUACGGGAAAAUGGUAAUUAUAAGGUAAUAAUAAAUAUGUCCUUAUACGCGUUACUACUUUUUUUUACAGAUAGUAAAUUUUUAUUCUGUUAUACUCGGUUCAGCAAAUUUAUUUCAUCUAGGUACGUGUUAAUAUUUAUUAUACCCUUGCGCCAUAUGAGACAUGGCUAUGUUUGUUAGUCUGUUCAUGGGACGGUUUCAACAUUUUUGUAAGUGCCAUGCUUAGAUGUUUAUACACAUAAAUUGUUAUUUAUUCAUCGUUACAAUGUUGUUAUAUUUAACAUAUCCUCGAGAUAAGUGAGAAGUCUCAAAUUGUCUAAUUGAUCGCAGUGAACAGAGAUGGACAGCCAGAACCCUUAGGACUACUUCUGAGGUAUGGCACAUUUUCACUGUUACACGCGGUUGUCCUAUUGAUUGACAUUCUUAGACGAUUGGAGCUUCCAGGUCAAUGUAAAGCUAGGUGAUCGCAUACAAUAUGCCAGCAUAAUUCACAUAAAUUUAGAAUUAGAAUCGUUAACUUUUAUUAAAUAGCAACAUGAUAGAUUUUGGUACAAUAUUCUUAUAGAGAUAAAACGUGACAUCUAAAGAGAUUACAUAGAAAUAAAUCUUUAUAUCACGUUUCAGGAAUCGAUAUUCUAUAUACACAUAGUGGUUCAAACAGUGCUAAUCUGCUCUGAAAAGUCAAGAGUUUGUGAAUUGUACAGGAACCUUUUGCCCUAUUUAUGGGGCAUCGGAAAGAGCCGCAACUCCUGGCAAAACUUUGCCUUCUAGAAGCUCCAAGCUGGCACCACCGCCAGUACUGACAUGGCUAACUUUGUCUUCUGUUUGCCAUUUUACUGCGCAAGUAGCUGUAUCACCACCGCCGAUUAUCGUGAUUGCACCACGCUGUGUGGCAGCAACAACACCGUCCAUCAAACUCUUUGUACCUUUGCUGAAGU